AUGGUAUUCUCACCUCCGUCCUGGGUGCCCCAGUUUCCCAUGGAUCCUCCCGAUUCAAUUAGCAUAGCCGAGUUCAUGAGCAACGACAAAUAUGGACGGUAUCCGCUCGCAAAAGCGAGAUCCCCUUUCGUAUGCGGCGUCACAGGGCAAGCGUACACCGCAGCUGAAGUAGUCGACCGCGAGACAUGCUUAGCCCAAGCAAUCAAGAAGAGAUUGGGUUUCACUCACGAAGGAUCUGAAUGGGAUCGAGUCGUUGCCCUCUUCUCUCUUAACACGAUUGACUACAUACCUCUGACACAUGCCAUCCAUCGCGUUUCUGGAAUUGUCUCGCCAGUUAACCCAGCUGCAACUGCUGUUGAGCUUGAGCAGCAACUUAGGGCGUCCGGCUUAGUUGCCCUGUUCACAUGCAGUCGCCUCUUACCAGUUGCCCUUAAAGCAGCUCAAGCAAAGGGGAUUCUAAAAGAGCGCAUAUUCAUUCUCCUAAUACAGAAUGAAGAUAAAAUUGACCAGUUCACUACCAUCUAUAAUCUCAUUGAGGAAGGAAAGGCUCUGCCUGAACUCGAACUAAUAAACUGGUCCAAGGGUCAGGGUGCAAGGCAAGUCGCAUAUCUAUGUUUCUCUAGUAGAACAUCUGGGCUUCCUAAAGCUGUUAUAAUCUCGCAUUUUAACGUCAUCGCAAAUGUCAUUCAGCUCAUGACAUUUGAGAGCAUCUAUCGGAAAAGCCAAGGUAUCAACUCACAGGUACUACUCGGAUUGUUGCCUUUCAGUCAUGCCUACAGCCUUAUUAUUAUAGUAUACGUCGCCCCCUAUCGCGGUGAUGAGCAGUUUAAAAUUAAGCAACUUAAUAUUAUCCCUCCAAUCCUAGUCCAGAUGAUUGCCAACCAGAAGAAAUACAGCAAGUUUAACCUUAACAGUGUCCGCUAUGUUUAUACCGGUAGUGCUCCUUUAGGAAGCGAGACUAUUAACAGUCUCUUUAUACUGUAUCCGCACUGGCAUAUUGGUCAAGUCUACGGUAUGACCGAGACUGCUGUUAUGAUUAUAUCGACCAGCGAAUCCGAUAUCCUUUAUAGAUCUUCCGGUUCUCUUCUGCCUUCUAUAAGCGCCAAGAUUAUAGAUAUAGAUAGGAAUGAAGUAACAGUAUAUAAGAUUCCCGGCAAGCUGUUCGUCCAGGGACCUUCAGUCACGUUGGGGACAGGCAAUAAAGCUAUUAUUCAAAAGUCUCCACAGGGACAUAAUCACUACAUUAUUAUCAACAGGAUCAAGAAGCUCAUUAAAGUUAAGGGAAUGCAGGUUGCCCCUGCAGAACUAGAAGCAUACCUCCUCACGCAUCCAUACGCAUCAGACUGCGCCGUCAUCCAAACUCACCAUAAACGGUCCGGUGAAGUUCCCAAGGCCUUUAUCGUGAGAUCAAAAGAGUCGCUUGGGAAGACAGAGUCCGAGAUGGCGCAGGCUAUCUGUGAGCACCUGGUUGGGAGCGUCGAAUUCAUAAAUGCGAUUCCAAAGAACCCAACGGGGAAGAUUCUUCGACGCCAUCUCAGAGAGAAGGAAAACAUGGCAAGAAAAGAAAGCAACGCGCGACUAUAA